AUGGAAGAAGAAGAAGUUCAACAAGGUCACCAAAGCCCGGUACUUUCAUCUACUUCUGAUGAUGGUCAGGUUUCUUCACAAGAAGAAUCUCUAGAAGGUCUAGAAGAUCCAAUACCAAGACUACUUGCCAUGAGUCUUGAUGCCUGGAGAGAUCCAUCUACUUUUCAAGAUUGGCUAUCUUUUGGUUCACAACCAGUCCUGACUGAAACCACCCUUGUUGGUUCUUUUACCACCACUAUUGUAGGCCACAGUGGUGCAAAAUUCAAUGAGCAUGAAUUGCUUGAAUUUGUACGUUAUCAACAAUGCCCUUCUGAUAAGAAUGCUAUAAAGGUUUUAAAUUCUAGUUCUAGAGAAGUGGGCUACCUUUGUACUUCUGUUGCUAUGGUGUUAUCUCCUUUAAUUGAUAUUCUAAAAAUUAAUCUUGAAGGUGAGGUGAUUUGUUCAAGAUUUAAAUAUGAUACGUCUAUUCCCUGUGUAGUUACAAUUUUUGCGGAGUCAGCGGUUGUACAGAAUGCUAAAGAUUGGAUUUUACAACACGGGUUGCGUUUAUGUGAUCAACCUGGUACAAGUCUCAGGUCAUAUGAGGGUAUGGGGGGUCAAGAAAAGGGUAGGAUAGAGAAACUGGGGAGUUUGGAACCACCAGAGAAUGUGAUUAAAGCUAAACUUCUUGAUCAUCAAAAGGAGGGCCUAUGGUGGUUGGUAAAUAAAGAGAAGUCUGAUGAGUUGCCCCCUUUUUGGGAGGUGAAAGAUGGGUCGUAUCUGAAUGUUUUGACAAGGCAUCAAACGGAUAGGAGACCAGAGCCAUUGCAUGGUGGGAUUUUUUCUGAUGAUUAUGGAUCAGGUUGGCAAUGUUACUGA